GGUACAACGACGAAGUAUCUGAUUCUCUCUAUUGCACAUGCAAACUACAAAUCAUUUCAACGACAAAAAUUAGUAAUUAACUAAUUACAACUCUGCUUAAUCAGUUACCUUCUUGACCUGAAUUUUGACAUCCCUUUUUCUUUCGUUUUUCGUCGGAAACUUCAAUUGAAUAACCUCUAAACAUGGUAGUUAGAUUAAUCACAAGAAGCAAUCUAAACCGAAUACGAAAAACCUUCUCAGUAUCAAGACAAAAUUACGAUUUCACUCUUCUACAUUUAUCUCCUAAUUUCCAAUCCAACGAUCAUGAAGAUUAUUCAGCGACACGUGUCGCCAAUCCGAGCUUGAUGUUUCAUAAGAGAUGGCAUAAUACAGGCCAUUCACAUGAUCAUCACGACGACCUCCGUUCCGGUAAAGACGGAGAGAGGAUAUUCCGUUUAGGUCUCGCUGCUGACGUCAGCCUGGCCGUUAGUAAAGCAUUUACAGGUUAUGUAUGUGGAAGCACUGCUAUUAUUGCUGAUGCUGCUCAUUCUAUCUCCGAUGUGGUUCUGAGUGGUGUGGCGUUGCUGUCGUUUCAAGCUGCGAGGGUUCCCAAGGACAAAGAACAUCCUUAUGGCCAUGGUAAAUUUGAGACUCUUGGAGCUCUUGGAAUUUCUGGUAUGCUUUUGGCUACUGCUGGAGGUAUUGGAUGGCAUGCUUUAGAUGUUUUGCUGGGAUUAUGGUCUGCAGCGCCUGAAGUUGUUAAUCAGUCAAUGACUCAUAUGCACGAGCAUGAGCAUCAUCAUAGCGGACAUCACCAUGGGUUUGAUAUGGAUCAUCCUAUCCUUGCUCUGAAUGUGACUAUUUUCUCUAUAGCUGUUAAAGAAGGAUUAUACUGGAUAACAAAAAGAGCGGGAGACAGGGUUGGCAGUGGGCUAAUGAAAGCCAAUGCUUGGCAUCAUCGUGCCGAUGCAGUAUCCUCCGUUGUUGCUCUCAUAGGGGUUGGUGGUUCUAUCCUUGGUGUGAGGAUCCUGGAUCCACUUGCUGGGCUUGUUGUUGCAGGCAUGAUCAUGAAAGCUGGACUUGAAACUGGAUAUCAGAGUGUCUUGGAAUUGGUUGAUGCUGCUAUUCCUUCGCAUACCCUGGAGCCUUUCAAGCGCACAAUUCUACAAGUGGACGGAGUUAAGGGUUGUAGUCACCUGAGAGGAAGGAGGGCUGGUUCAUAUCUCUAUCUUGAUGUUAUAGUUGAGGUUGAUCCCUUCUCUAGUGUGAGUGCUGCACAUGAGAUCGGAGAAAACGUUAGUCGUGAAAUCCAGCGGUUACAUCCUGAAAUAGCUGAAGUCUUUGUACACAUAGAACCAUCUACUAUACACAUUCAACAGGGGAGUGCUAACACAAUGGAUGAUACUCAAGAUCCUUUGAUGGAGCAAGCAGACGUUGAGAAUAUAGUUUGCAACAUUUUAUCUACAAGCUUUCCUCAGAAGAUGAUUGUUGAGCGUGUGACUCCACAUCUGCUGCAAGGACAGGUUUUACUUCAAGUGGAAGUUUCUAUGCCUCCUGAUCUCUUGAUUAGGGAUGCGAUAAAAGUUGCUGAAGAAGCGGAGAAAUUAAUCACAGAGGCAGCACCAAAUAUUGUUCAUGUGUGCAUUCAGCUACGCCUAGGGCGACCUAUGCCGGAGUCUUACCAGCAAUUGGUGGAGCAGAAGUGGGAGGAAAGAUAACUGCCUUUUACAAACACUAAAAGGGCAUGUAUAGGUCCAGAUUCUGUAUUCUGAAUGAAAAAAAAUCCAGAUCAAAAAACUCAAGCUCCAUUUUUACAGGGGAAGGAGUUAUAUCAUAAACCAAAACUACACUCAACAGUUAC